CCGAACGUCUGGAACGCGUAGGCGGCGUAGUGCCGGGGAGACGGUAGACAACGUGGCGUGUUCAUCUCCGGCGACUGGGCUCCACUAUACCCCAACUACCACGGAGAGCAGGACUCAAUUUGUGCGGCUCACUUCGCAGUGUUACAUCUUCUUACCGAAUAUCCAAGAGUAACCAAAGACGACAUCUCACAAUGGCGCACAAAGUGGCUGUCUUCAUUUUGUUCGCCUUCAUCCUGUCGGUUUCCAUGGAGACAGGGAAUGCCUGGAAGUUUAUGAAGCGCAACAAAAGCUCCGGUUCCAACAUCGCCAGGAAGGUGAAGAGAGCCUACGACCAGAACUGGGUGGAUGACGCCAUAAACGCCGGCUGCACGCCGCACCAGGAGCCUUGCCAGCGCGGCACGUUCUGUUGCCCUGCGUCCGGCGGUCGGUUCGGAAUGUGCCAUCUCGAGAAGGACGGAAACAACAGGUGUGAGUACGUGAUAGUAGAGGCGGGGCCCGACUCACAAGGCCCAGUCGGUCUAGACUAACCAGCCCUGCACGGAGCCAACAACAUCGGCAAGAUGUGGGGAGUAGCACGUGCAAUAAUGAGUGACAAAG